UACUAAAAAAAAUACAUGCGCAAAUUAAAAAGGACAUAGGACAAACAUGAUUUCUAACAAUGCAAAUAUGCAUAAUUAACAACGAUUCGUACACUUUUAGCAUGUUUGUUUUUCCGCCUCGGUAGUUCGUGUAAAUCGCAUCCGUCAAAGAUUGUGCGUCAACAUUUGUUUUAGCUGUAAAUUACCCUGGAUUCGCAAUGGGGCCAAACAAUCAUGUAUAAAUGUGCGAUUGAAAAAAGUCGGCGCUCACUCGUGAAAAUGGAGACGUUUGUCAAAUAUCUAUUUUACACUGCUAGUUUGCUCAAUAUGAGCGAACAGUGCACAAACGCGAAGUACCCUUACGAAAAUCAUUUGGCAACCAAAACGCCAUACAGAAUCGUCGCUAACGGCACUUUUGGCGAAGUUCAAUAUGAAGGAUGUACCCCAGUAAAAGCAUGGAUGAUUGUCAGGCAUGGCACCAGGAAUCCAAGCAUUUCAUUUAUUGAACAGUAUAACAACAGGUUGCCACAAGUACGGGAUUUAAUACUGGAAAAUGCAAAACCGGAUGGAAAUUUACAUGAAAGAGAUCUGGACUUAUUCAGGAAUUGGAAAAGUAGAGUCGACGAGGAAGAUGACAAGAAACUAAGGCAGGAAGGUGAAGAAGAAAUGAUGCUGUUGGCUGAAAGAAUGCAGAGCAGAUUUCCUGAAGUUUUUGAUCACAUUUACAGCAAUACAUCUUAUAAGUUCAAAUACACACAUACACAAAGAACGAGAAAAAGCGCAAAAUACUUCACCACAGGACUAUUUGGCAAGCAAACGGCCAAACACGUCUGGUAUCCGGCUCCGUCAAAAAAAGAUCCGAUAUUGAGAUUCUAUAAGUUGUGCUCAAAGUGGAAAACCACUGUAAAAGAUCAACCCCUGCCGGAAAAAGAUAAGUUUAUGGAAAGUCAACCUUGGAAAAAAGUCGUCGAAAAUGUCAAAAAAAGGCUUAAUUUAACGGACGAAUUGACUGAAGAUGAUAUUCAAUCGAUGUAUACAGGUUGCGCCUUUGAAACCGCGUGGAAUAAAAAUGCCAAGUCGCCCUGGUGCUCAGUAUUUUCACUGGAAGAUUUUAAGACUCUUGAAUAUUUAGAGGAUCUGAAAUAUUAUUACAGGGAUGGUUAUGGACAUGAGUUGACUUAUAAACAAGCCUGCCCAGCGUUUAAUGAUCUUAUCGACUUUUUUGAAUCGUCUGAUCCAUAUCCAAAAUCCACAGUGUAUUUUACUCAUUCUGGCACUCUCUUAAAGAUGUUGGCGCAUUUAAGGUUGUACCGGGACGAGAUGCCCCUCACAGCAGAUAAAUAUCCGUACGAAAACAGAUUGUGGAGGUCCAGUAAAAUUGACGCAUUCGCUACUAAUCUUGCCUUCAUUUUAUAUAAGUGUGCCAAUGAUUAUAAAGUUUUAACUCUGCAUCAGGAGAGGAUAAUAAGGCUGCCCUGUUGUCCUAAUUCCGAUUUAUGCGAUUUGAAAACAAUGAAGAAAUUUUAUCAAGAAAGUAUCGAAAGUUGUGAUUUUAACGCGAUGUGCGCAAAUUCCUAAAAAUAUAGUACAAAUUUAAAUAAAUAUUUUUUUCAUUCA